GAUAGGUACCCAACUUUUUGGGGGGGCGUUUUACGUCCGUGAAAAUCCGCGAACUCCUCAUCCUGACUACAACAGUGGAAAUUUUUAACGCUUGUGUAGUUCCAAAUCCGAAACCAGUUUUUCCAACUAAAUUUUCACCAAGGUCACUCUCUAUUUACGUUUGAACAUCACGAUAAACACAAAGUGCAAUUCAAUUUAUUUCAAUAUUUUCUGACUACGCAAAAUGGUACGCCACAAAAACAGAUAUAUGGUGAUUGAAAUCAACGGUGAAUCCAGAAAACCCACAGAGUCUCUCCACCUCAAGCCUGGGUCUUUACACCAUUCUGUUAUGUCUAUGGUUCAGAAAUUACACGGAGACUUUGGUGUUGCGGCCAUAACAGCCGGAUUUACAGCAAAAUAUUGUAAUGAGAAGACUAGGGUUGCAAUCGUUCGGUGUCGACACGGCCCACACAGAUUUGUGACGAGUACUUUACCUUUAAUUCGGACUAUCGAAAAUAAAAAAGUUGUUGUAAACACUUUGUACAUAGGGGCUACUAUUAAACAGUGUUUUAAGUUUAUUCGGAGGUAUCAACAGAGAAAAUUUGAUGAGUACUGCAUAGGGCUUAAAAGUGAAGAACAAAAGGAGGAAUUGAGGACGGCCAUAUUAAAUCUGGAUCCUAUUUUAAAAAUAACUUAAUUCUUAUGUGUGUUUUGUAAUAAAAUAAAUAUAUUAUUGAUUGUUUGACUGAA